AUGCUCUUUUUCUUUCUUUCUUUCUUUCUUUCUUUCUUUCUUUCUUUCUUUCUUUCUUUCUUUCUUUUCAUCCUCCAAAUAUUUUAUCAUUUUCCUUCCUUCAUAUAUCCUUUUUUUUCUUCUCUUUCUUUAAUUUAUUAUUUUUUUCUGUUUUUCUUCUGCAUCUCCCUUUUUUCCCGCUUUUUCUUUCUUUCUUUCUCUUUCCUCGCCUCAUUUUUUUCGUUCCCACUUAGUUUAUUAGAGCUUAUUUUCAACUCUCUAUUGCCAAAUAUUCCCCCUCUUUUUACUGAUGUCUUUCUUUUGCGUUCCAUCUUUCAAAAGUGCCCCAGUUUUGUUCAUGUCUCUCUUCUUAGAUAUCCUGUCAUUUUCCUUCCUUCCUUUCUUUCUUCUUUUCAUCCUUUCUUCUUUCCUUUUUUCCUUCCAUUCUUCCUUCCUUUUUUAAACCUGUCCAUUCGUUUUCCACAUGUUUUUGUUUGUCCUUUCUUUCUUUCUUUCUUUCUUUCUUUCUUUCUUUCUUUCUUUCUUUCUAACAUCUUACUCUCUCUUCUUUCUCUCUUUCCUCCCACAUAUUCUUCUUUCUUUUUCUCUCUAUUUCUUUCUAACACAUACUCUUUUUCUUUCUUUCUUUCUUUCUUUCUUUCUUUCUUUCUUUCUUUCUUUCUUUCUUUCUUUCUUUCUAACAGUCUUCCUCUCUCUUCUUUCUCUCUUCCCCCCACAUAUUCUUCUUUUUUUUUCUCUCUAUUUCUUUCUAACACAUACUCUUUUUCUUUCUUUCUUUCUUUCUUUCUUUCUUUCUUUCUUUCUUUCUUUCUUUCUUUCUUUCUUUCUAAAAUUCUUUCUCUCUUUCCUUCCACAUAUUCUUCUUUCUUUUUCUCUCUAUUUCUUUCUAACACAUACUCUUUUUCUUUCUUUCUUUCUUUCUUUCUUUCUUUCUUUCUUUCUUUCUUUUGUUUCUUUCUUUCUUUCUUUCUUACCUUAUUCUUUCAGUUUUCUUCAGUUUUCUUGCAUUUAUGGAACAAUUUCUUUCUUUCUUUCUUUCUUUCUUUCUUUCUCAACUUGUUCUUCCAUUUUUCAUCAUUUAGUUCUUGUUUAUUCUUGCUUGAUUGUUUCUUUCCUUAUUUCUUUCUUUCCUUCUUUCUUUCCCUCCUUUCUUCUUUCUUCCUUACAUUGUCUUUUCAUUUUUCCUCACGCCUUUCUUAUUUAUUCUUUUUGGUUUUAAUCCUUUCUUUCUUUCUUUCUUUUUCUUUCUUUCUUUCUUUCUUUCUUUCUUUCUUACCUUAUUCUUUCAGUUUUCUUCAUUCUUGUUUAUUCUUGCUUGAUUGUUUCUUUCCUUAUUUCUUUCUUUCCUUAUUUCUUUCUUUCCUUCUUUCUUUCCCUCCUUUCUUCUUUCUUCCUUACAUUGUCUUUUCAUUUUUCCUCACGCCUUUUUUAUUUAUUCUUUUUGGUUUUAAUCCUUUCUUUCUUUCUUUCUUUCUUUCUUUCUUUCUUUCUUUUUCACUUUGUUUUUUCAUUUUUUUUCUUCAUUCUUUCUUUCUUUACUUCUAUCGCGUUCAUUUUUUCCACUUUUUGUCAUUUUAUUUUCUUUCUUUCUUUCUUUCUUUCUCACCUUGUUCUUCCAUUUUUCUUCAUUUAGUUCUUCUUUAUUCUUUGAUUUUUUCUUUCCUUCUUUCUUUCUUUCUUUCUUUCUUUGUGUUUUCAUUUUUCCUCAUGCCUUUCUUAUUUAUUCUUUUUGGUUUUAAUCCUUUCUUUCUUUCUUUCUCACCUUAUUCUUUCAUUUUCUUCAUUUCUUUCUUUUUUAUUCUUAUUUGA